AAAGCCAUGGGAUCGGGGUCACUGGCAAAAUCUGGGAUGAAGAUCACUUUGGACUUGUAGAAAUAGCACCCCAAAUCCAGAGAUCACUUAAACGGUCACGUCCCGCCCUUGAGUCACGGGGUUAGUCCCAGAAACACAGACAAAAGCGCUCUUCAGCCAGAGAGUGGGAUGGAAUAGUGUUGCCGCUGACAAAAUACUUAGAUCCCAGAAGGCGCGGAUUGUCUACAUCACGAACACCAGCCGACGCCAUUCACCGACCAAGCCACGACGAUUAGGCUAACGACCGGUGCAAGAUGGCGUCCCAGUUAAAUGCUUGGAAACUAGCUGUUUUGAAUGCAUUUCUCUUAAUUAACGGCUUGGUUUGUACUUCCUCAUUAACAACAACUAAUAGCACCUCUGUGAAAGUUGGAUAUUUAUGGGAAGAUCCAAAACAGGAAAAUGUACAUACUUCAGAAGUUGUUAUGGACAAGAAACACACAAGAAGUAUCUUGAGACUUAUUUGUGAAAUCUACCCUGGAUUACCAAGUGAGGGAAAGUAUUGGGACAUGAAAGAUGAACUUGUUAGGUGGCAGAAAACAGGUCCCAAAGUGGAGGAUGUCAAAAGUGUACGCUACUGGUCUGAUGACAUGACCAAAACUGCCAUUUCUUUCUCAAACAUUACACUUGACAUCCUUGGAAGUUAUUCAUGUAUCUAUGGUGAUGUUUCAGCCACAAUUGAUGUUUUAGUUGCUGAUGCGGAGACAGCUAAAAUUUUGAAAACCCCAGAAAAUGUGAUUGAGCUACAUACUUGCAUCUCGUACAUGAAGGAUAAAUCUGGGAUAAGUGGAUGGAGAGAUGAACAAAAUCUCUUACAGCCUAUUGGAACCAAAGAAAACUGCCCUGUGGUGCAGAAUUCACAGCAUGCUGCAACAACAGUUCACCAGCUUUAUGCCUCAGAUUUCAAGGUCAUUGCAGCAAUGGGAGAUUCGUUUACAGUUGGCCAAGGAGCCAGAGCAACAUCAGUAAAUGGAUUUUUCUUGGAUCAUAAAGAUUUCUCUUGGAGCGUUGGAGGAGCAAAUUAUCUGAAUCAAACAAUAACAGUACCAAAUAUCAUCAGGCAAUUCAGUCCAUCUUUAAAGGGUGCAUCUGCAAAAGUGUCACAGGAUGCCAAUAGUUUUGUUGAUGAUCUUAAUGUUGCCUUUCCUGGUGCUUCUGCUAGUGGUCUUGAAAAUCAAGCAAGAGAUCUUGUAUCAAGAAUGAAAGCUAUGAAGGGUAUUGACUUCAAGAAUGACUGGAAACUUCUUACGGUUUGGAUUGGAACAGAUGACCUCUGUCAAGUAUGUAAGAAUGAGGAUAAAUUUGGUGCUGCUUCUUUCAUAAAAUAUAUGAUGCGCACACUAAAUUACCUAAGAAAUGAGGUUCCCAGGCUGUUUGUGAAUUUGGUUCCGCCCAUGGAUAUUUCUCCUCUUUAUAAGUUACAUCAAGCAAAUACCAAGUCAUGUCAAAUUCUGGGAUGGAGUUCUUGUCCUUGUUUGAGAGAGGGUGCCACAGAAAGAGCAAAAAUCACCAAGGCUGUCAAACAGGACAAGAAAUUAUUGGAGGAACUAGUGAAUAGUGGAAUUUAUGACACAAAGGAUAACUUUGCAGUGGUUAUUCAACCUGCCCUCCAAGUGCUGCCAAGAAAUCAGGAUGGUGAUUUUGUGAAAUCUUUUUUUGGUGUGGACUGCUUGCACUUCUCUGUUCAAGGUCACGCUGCAGCAGCAUUCGCUUUGUGGAACAAUAUGUUAGAACCAUUUGGAUCUAAGACAAAGCAGUGGGGAGACCAGGAAACUUUGAAAUGUCCAUCUAAGGAUAAGCCAUUUUUGUACACCAAAGUGAACAGUAAAACAGUCACAACUACUUUUGCUGAUGAUGAUAAUGAUGAUGAUGAUGACUUAUCUUCUGGUGACUUUCCACCUGCUGCUGCUGUGGCUGUGGCUGUGUCCCUCACAGCUGUUGUAGUUAUUGUUGUUGUGAUGGUGUGGAGAGGACGAAAAUCAAGGCGGAGACCAGAGGCAUCUCGAUUGCUGUUUGCCUCUGGACCUCACAAACCAAGAAUAUGAGCUUUUUCUUUGACCCUUUUACUCCCAAGAUCUGAUUGUUAAUUCUCCCCUUUAGCUGUUACACUUUUCCCUGUGAAUUAGUACGGAGAGUUUGGUGUUAAAUCAAGAUAUCAACCUCUUCCUCACAAAUUGAUAAGUUUGAGUAUUCUCACUACCUGUUUGCUUGAUGAUGUAGGGCUAUAAUUUAUUAUAAGAAGUUACAUCAUGAUGUUAAUCACUUCUGGGAGUUAAAAGGCGAAAAAAAAAAAGACUUGCUAUUGAGCACCACAGUUCACCAGUUUAGGUGAUUAUCAGUCCUUCGGGCUGCAACCACUUUGGUCAUGAUGAUGACUAGAAAGUUACUCUUGACAAGUGAACUUACAGUCUAUGGCAAGUCACUUACACUGGUAUAAGGUGACCCAUGUUCUGGGAUCAUGGUGUUAAGAUUGGCUAAUUGGAAAAGACUUUGUAGGCAAAAUAAUUUAUUGGUAAAAACAGGUAUUUGAUUGUAAAUACUUCAUUGUAGAAUUCUUAACUAAAUAAUUAAAAUUUAUUAUGAUGAAGAUUUACAUGCUACAUCUAGCUCUUGUUAAUAAUGAAAUAGAAGUUCAUUCAUAAUGAUUGGAAA